UGUUUUGUAAUGACCAUGAGAGUUAUCACUGAGGUAGCAUGGAGUUUCCCGCCGAGAUACGGACGUGUGAACUUUUUCUUAUUUUCAUGAGUCGUGUUACAUCCUCAUACCUCAUGUUGUUCAUUUGAAAAAGUGAUGAUGUGAGUGAUGAUUUGAAACCUUUGUCAUGUCAGCACAACCUAAGAGUAGCGGUGACCGCGGUGGCCGGGGACGCGGGGCGGGUCAGCCUAGAGGACGCUAUCGCGGCCGGCCCUUCUGGCUCAACAAGCCCUUAGCUGACCCAGUGGUUGAGGAAAGUGAAGUGAACUACUGUAACAUGAUGACUGAAACGACAUGCCCAUUGAAAGGAUGGAAUUUGUAUUUCCCAGAUGAGAAUUAUGAAAGUAGUUCAGUGACUACCCAAAAUGUUCUCCAAGCUAUAAGGUAUUUUGAGAGGCAUUCAGAUUCUAUUUCUUUGAAAGAAAUUGAGGCCAAAAACUAUUACAAUUUGGAUUUAACUGUUGUCCAAGAAGAUACGGUUUUUAUGAACAGUUGGCCAAAUUUCAUUGAGGACCUGCGUGAGAAACCGGAUCAUAGCUUGAAUUGUCUUGGUCUAGCAUUUCACCAUGUUGUAAACAACAUGGAUUCAAAUGAAGAGGAUUUUGAGUUCCCUCAGCUUUACAUUCGCAUCAAGAACUUCAAACCAGUUGUGUCACUCAGAGAUAUCAAAGCGUGUUUGUACGGAAAGUUGAUAAGCGUGAAAGGCACUGUUAUAAGAGUUGGUCCAUCACGCCUUUUAUGCACAAGGAUGGGCUUUGCUUGUACUCAGUGCCGUACACCGCAGGUUCUCACUCUGAAAGAUGGGGUGUACAUAACACCCAAGUCCUGCCCUUUGAGAGAAUGCCGGUCGAAAACGUUUUCCCCGCUACACUCUUCCCACCUCACGAAAACGAAAAACUUUCAGAUUGUCAAAAUUCAAGACAUGAUAGGAGAUUGUGAUGCACAUAGUGCAGGAGGUAGAGUUCCUAGAAACAUAGAAGUUGAGUUUGUAGAUGACCUUGUUGACAAAUGCUGUCCUGGUGAUAGCGUAAUCAUCACAGGGAUUGUUAAAGUAAAUACAAGUGAUGAAGGGAAAAGGAAGAACUCGCCAAAUUUAUUCACACUCUUUUUGGAGGGUGUGUCUGUGACCAACAGUAAAGGUUCAGGAGGAAGAUACGCUCAAGCCAACCUGGAGUUUACAUUGAAGGAUUACUAUGCCAUACAAGAAUUGCAUGAUGAAAAAUCAUUAUGGCGUUUGCUUGUGAACUCAAUCUGUCCAAAUGUCUAUGGGCAUGAACUUGUUAAAGCUGGCCUGCUUCUGUCCCUCGUUGGUGGGGCAACACAAGGAACAGGGCAGAUCACCAAACGACCAUUGAUCCAUGUCCUCAUAGUCGGCGACCCAGGUCUAGGAAAGUCACACAUGCUCACUGCUUGCAGUACAGUCGCCCCAAGAGGUGUGUAUGUCUGUGGGAACACAACGUCAGCCUCGGGACUAACCGUCACCCUGACUAAGGAAGCAGGUGGAGAUUUUGCUCUAGAAGCCGGCGCUCUUGUUCUUGCAAACCAUGGAGUCUGUUGUAUCGACGAAUUUGAUAAAAUGUCUUCUCAACAUCAGGCUCUCCUAGAAGCGAUGGAGCAAGAACGGUUGAGUGUAGCGAAAGGAGGCGUCGUCUGUUCUUUACCUGCUCAUACCACAAUAAUUGCUGCUGCAAAUCCUGCUGGUGGGCAUUACAACAAAAGCAAAUCAUUGGUUGAAAAUUUACGUAUGUCAUCUCCACUCUUGUCAAGAUUUGAUCUAAUCUUUGUACUACUCGACAAACCGAACGAGCAUUUGGAUAGCCUACUUUCAGAACAUGUUAUGGAACUGCAUGCUGGGUUGAAAAAGAAAAAAGUACCAAUGUACAUGUCAUCGCUCUCAUUGAGUUCAUGUCUUGAUGAAACUAUAGUUGACAACAACAUGACAUUAUUGCAGAGGUUAAAAAUUCCACCUAAUGAACACAUAGAAUUGAUACCUCACCAGCUUCUCAGAAAAUAUAUCGCAUAUGUUAAGAAAUACGUCCCUUCACCAAGAUUAAGCCCAGAAGCAGCUAAUGUCUUACAAAAGUUCUAUCUGGAACUAAGAGAGAAGAGCAAGCAAAAAGACAGUACACCUAUAACAACUAGACAGUUGGAAUCGAUGAUUCGACUCACUGAGGCUAGGGUCAAAGUCGAGCUUCGAGAAGAAGCGACAGAAAGAGACGCCAGGGAUGUCAUCGAGCUUAUGAAUUCGACGUUGAUGGACAUUUAUUCUGAUUCUGAUGUUGUUGAUUCGCGGAAGAAAGUUGGCUCUCAGACUUCAAGGGCUAAAAAAUUCAUCGCAGGUUUACAACAGAAAUCAUCUCUUGAGAAUAAAACGUUAUUCACGCUGAACGAAUUGAGGGAGCUUUCAAAAGUGCUCAAUAUUCAAGUGCCUGAUUUUUUCUCUUUCAUUGAAACUCUGAACAACCAGGGUUUCUUGCUAAAAAAGCCAAACAAAUGCUACCAGUUGAUGACUGUUUGAAAAGAAAACAAAACCUGUACAUGUAUAUAAAUUAAAAAUAACAAUCCUUCCUAGCUCAA